GCGAUCCGGCUCCAACUGUCAAUCGUGCAAAUCCAUCGCAAGUGUCCACCAGCUCUACUGAACAAUAUCGCCUCGGCUAUGAAGAUUGAUAUCCACCCGCUAACGCACGAUCCUACAUCGGCAUGGAAGGAAUUAUCAAAGUCCCAGCGCGUUAUAAAAAUCAACACAAAACCCCCGGCCGUGGACGUUCCAUCGAACAAGGUGCGCGUCGUUUGCAUGUCCGACACCCACUCGUUGACGCAUCACAUCAAAUUCGACAUUCCGGACGGCGAUAUCUUUAUCCAUGCCGGAGACUUUACACGCUGCGGCAAGCUGGAUGAGGUGGUCGAUUUCAACGAGUGGUUAAAAAAACUGCCGCACAAACACAAGCUGGUGAUUGCUGGAAACCAUGAGCUUAGUUUCGAUCACACCUUCACCCAUCCGUUUCAAAAUGCAAGUGCCUGUUGCAAGAAGACGGGCUCCACACUGUUGGAUGAAAUACCGACGCUCGGCAACUCGAAGGAAAGCCUCGCGGAGGCCGUGAAAACCGAAAACAUUCGACAAUAUUUGAGCAGCUGUACCUACCUCCAGGAUGAAUGUGUCGAGCUGUACGGAUUAAAGAUCUACGGCACACCCUGGCAGCCCGAGUUUUGCAAAUGGGCAUUUAACGUGAAGCGCGGCCAGGCGUGUCUCGAGAAAUGGGAACAAAUACCGGAGAACGUGGAUAUACUCGUGACGCACACGCCGCCCGUUGGGCAUGGGGAUCUUUGCUGUUCCGGAGUGCGAGCAGGUUGUGUGGAGUUGCUUGCAACGGUGCAGCAGCGAGUUAAGCCAAAGUACCACGUUUUCGGACAUGUGCACGAAGGCUACGGAAUCACUUCGGAUGGUCGAAUUAUCUUUGUGAAUGCAUCCACCUGCGAUAUUAACUACCUGCCCAAUAAUCAACCGAUUGUUUUCGAUGUGACACUGCCCAAGGGUCGAACCAAAGACGACUAGGGCUACUACUAGUCACUUAUAAGCUUAGCGGCCUACUGUGCCAUACCAUGACAUGUACUUAGCAACGUAAAGAAACAUCAACACACUACUUGUAGCAGUACGUGACGCACUGACAAAUCGAUAAGGCUCAUCAGAUCCUUCUCCCUCUCGUACAGCACAAUGUCUAGAACGAACCGACGUUUAGAACAUUUAGGCGAAAACCAAAGGUAUAUUCAGCGGCAACGAAGUAUUAAUGUAAAUGCUCAUGUUUCGUUCCAUCACAUUUUUCCCCAUCGAACGCGCAAACGAGAGUGACGAAUGAAAUGGCUCAUUUCAAUUAUCAAACCCCCCCCCCCCCCGAUCCUUAUCUAAACCAAACACUUCCCCCCUAUCGGAGUUAUCAAUAUGCGGCACAAAGCAACAACAAAAAACAACACACAUUAGGGCCCCGGAAUAAGAUUAGACGUACAGCCUGCAGUUAGGGAAAAGGUAGAAAGCAAUUGCUCAAUAAUUUAGACGUUCUUAGGUUCUACUCAAGAUGAAACGGCCAGGCCGUGUUGCUUUUUUGUGUUAGUAGAAUGGAUAUUACAUUACUGCUAGUCUUUGUACUAGUUAAAGCUUGGCUUAAAAACACUCUUUCCGUAGCAAAAGAACGAUUGUGAUGAUACAAAAAACCGGAUGCAAGAUUCGAGAAAUUAAUUAUAUUUAUUGCUUUUGACCUCCCCUCCACCCACGUGUAGAAUGUUGUCAAUAAAUUUUGCUGUUCUGUUUUA